CCGUCAUCCAACAUCUCGCCGUCCGUUUCUCCUCCAGUUGCGGACCAAGGGUUUCCCAUCCCAGCGCUUUCUCGAACUCCUACCCACCCCGCCGGCUUUCGACUUAACCCACAGACCACGCCCUUCACUCUUUCGCUGGUCUUUUCUUCACUAUCUGGUGCUGCUCGAUAUUUCACUUCAGUGCUGUGUCGGCUCAUUGGAAUGUGUGACUUUUAAGACGGUCGUGGAACGUCCUGCUCGCCCGCUUGAGCGCACCUCGACCGGCGUUUCCCCCCAUCUCCUCGUCUUCAUACUAGUCUGAAUCUGCUGUGAUCUGCUGCUGUGUUGAAGAUCUUCGAUUCAGGUCUCCCUUUCGCGAGGCUCGGGCUGCCCAGGCUUAGGCCAACCUCCUCUUCCUUCACCCUGCACUCCGUCCUCGAUGUCUGAUCGCGCCUCCUCGGCAUCAUUUCGAGCAGGACCUCCAUCACCAUCAUCUCCCGCCGCAGGGGCUCUCAAGCAAAACCAGUUACCAGCUCCCUUAUCCGAUCGAAUUCCACAGACUCCGACAUCACCUCCGUUGAUGUCGGUAAGCGCUCAGAACUAUGCCACCAACUUUGUAUCCUCGCAAGCAUCACCUAACCAGGCGACCUCUCAAUCCGCAACCCUCUCAUCACCCCCGUCCUCUGCUCCGAUGUCCACCCAAGCCUCGCAACAACCGACGGUAGGUACGGCGAAUUCGUUUCCGACGCCGGCCAGCAGCGUGAGCGGGCACUUCCCGGGUGCGACUUCCUUCGAUGAUCCUGAAAAUACAGAUAAGCCAAUGGGCUCGACAGUUCCAGACACAGGUGCGCAAACAGCGAACAUGAAUGCCGCGGCCAUACAGCAGGCAGAACACAGACGGACAGAUCAUGACCGGCAUACAGAAGGUAUAAAAAUGGAAGUUGGAGUCCGCGAUUUUGCUGCGAACCACGGAGGCGACGCUAUGGAUAUCGAUAGUGAGGCGCCGGCUUCAUCCAGUCGCAGUGAGCCAAGCUUGGAAUCCUUGCAGAAGAACUUUUCGUCUGCCUUUCAUGUUUGCAAAAGCUCCCAUAUUGCGACUGGACCGGAUCCAUCGCUAGAUCUCAUCUCACUGUACGGAUUAGGUCCAGUGGCAAAGUCUGUUGCUCGGAUGGAUCCUGUGACAGGCGAGAAGAUCAACAGGCUCAGGAAAUCCUAUGAAGGAAAGCUGAAGGGCUUGGGACUCGCAGGCAGGAACAAGCCAGUGAAGACCGAGCCUGGUGCGCCCGGAAGCCUCAGGCACAUGACCAUGUGGCCAGAGGAAGAAUGGCAAAAUCAAAAAGUGUUCGGGAAGGAGAUCAAGGUAGCGGACAUGGACUCUGCGCUGCACAGCUUGCAGAUGAGGGCCAUGAAGAUGGAGCCGGGCACGGUACCGAACAAUGAGUAUUGGGAAGACGUGCUGGGGCACGAGAAGCCAUCUAAGCACGCCGGUGGCGACGCCAGCAAAAAGGGUGUCGCACCCCCUCCCAACGGAGUCCGGAUUCCCCAACCGAAUGGAACCCCAGCGCCUGUUUCAGACCAAGAGCGAUCCCGACCCAGCAGGGGACGUAAACGGCAUUACGACGACAACAGCUUUGUUGGUUACGGCGAAGGUUACGCAGACGAUGAUGACGAUGGGGCAUUUUAUUCAAACAGUGAAGGCAUGGGGAAGAAAAAACGGAAGAAGGACCACGUUUCGAAGAUAUCUACCCCUCUACCUGACCGAGGUGGAAGUUACGGGGUUGGUAUGUUUGGGAUCGGGGCCAGGUAAACGAACGGGACGGAAACUUGAUGGGAUGAAAAGCUUUGUGGCUUGUUCGUUUCUUUUCUCUGCCUUCUUGGCUUUGCUUCAUGCAUAGGGUCCUUGUUCUGAAGGCGAGGGCUAGACUCUGUUGGAUCUGUAUCUGGCAUUGCCAAAUGCUGGACAGAUUCGGUUGACCUAUAGUCAUGUCCUCGCCAUAUCUGUUAAUUCUCCGUACAAAUUUUGCAUCACGGUGCUGGAUAUACCCGGCUUUCACAAUGGGACGGCGUUGGAGGAGCUAUGAUUUGUUGCGGCACGGUUUUUGCCUGUUUCUUUGCUUGCACUCUUUUCUGUCUUUGUGCUCCCAGACAGACUGGGAGCUGGAGUUGUAAUGACAAUUUUUUUAUUCGCUGUGUUUCCUGCUGGCUAUCUCGACAGACUCCGAUGCCGUCUUUUGAGCUUUUCUUCUCUCUUGUGCCAGAUGGACAUCGCCCGCCACUGGAAGAGCAUGUAUUUCUUUUUUUGAGUCUGUUGAUGUGCGGCGGAUUGCUUGGGCGUGACAGUACAGAAUUCUAGCUUAGCAUCGACGAUGCUUGUGUGAUACAAUACUAGAUGGAUAGGAAUGACAUCUACGUUAAACGUGGGUAGUUCAGUUCCCAUUGUGGAUACUAAAUAAGAGCUGGAGGC